AUGCGCUGGCUACCGUUGGAAUCUAAUCCGGAGGUGAUGAACGCCUGGUCAUCUGCUCUAGGCCUGUCGACCGAUAAGGUGAGCUUCACGGACGUGUACGGACUCGACGCCGAGCUUCUGGCAAUGGUCCCUAAGCCGGUCUACGCGGUCCUUAUGCUCUUCCCGAUCUCGAAGGAGUACGAAGCGGCGCGGGCGGCUGAGCAUGCACGGAUCGUUGAACAGGCCGGCGGGACGGUCGAAUCGGACGAGCGACUGAUCUUUAUCAAGCAAACGAUCAGCAAUGCCUGUGGUACGAUCGGCCUGCUCCAUGCGUUGGCCAACAACCCCGAGAUCCCGAUCACUGAGGGUCCGUUGACCAAGUUCCUGGAACAGUGCCGGUCUAAGAGUCCCUCUGAGCGCGCACAGCUGCUGGAGGAUGACUGUGCGAUUGCUGAUGUACAUGCUGAUCAGGCACAGAGUGGGCAAUCCAAGGUUCCUAGCUCAGACGAAGAGGUCAACCUGCACUUUGUCUGUUUUGUAAAGCAGGCUGGCGAAGGGCCACCCCGACUCGUUGAGCUGGACGGCCGGAAGGCGUUCCCGAUCGACCAUGGUCCCAUUGCCCCGUCGCACGAUUUACUCGAUGCUGUCGUCCCCGUUGUCAAACAGUUCAUCAAGCUAUCCCAGGACAAUGUUAACUUCAACCUGAUUGCACUCUGUCAAAAUUCUGCUUGA